AUGGCGGUCACGAUCACGUGGGUGAAGGCGAGGCAGAUCUUCGACAGCCGCGGCAACCCCACCGUCGAGGUGGACAUCGGCCUCAGCGACGGCAGCUUCGCGAGGGGGGCCGUUCCGAGCGGCGCAUCCACUGGAAUAUAUGAGGCCUUGGAGUUGAGGGAUGGAGGAUCUGAUUAUCUUGGCAAGGGUGUUCUUAAGGCUGUGAGCAAUGUAAAUAGCAUUAUUGGACCAGCAAUUGUUGGAAAGGACCCCACUGAGCAGGUUGAGAUUGACAACUUCAUGGUCCAACAGCUUGAUGGAACCUCCAACGAAUGGGGCUGGUGCAAACAGAAGCUUGGAGCAAAUGCCAUUCUUGCGGUUUCACUUGCUGUGUGCAAAGCUGGAGCUAUGGUGAAGAAGAUUCCUCUUUACCAGCACAUCGCAAAUCUUGCUGGAAACAAAACUCUGGUGCUCCCUGUACCUGCCUUUAAUGUGAUUAAUGGAGGAUCACAUGCUGGAAACAAGCUUGCCAUGCAGGAGUUCAUGAUCCUCCCAACUGGUGCCUCCUCGUUCAAGGAGGCCAUGAAGAUGGGAGUUGAGGUGUACCACAACCUGAAGAGCAUAAUCAAGAAGAAGUAUGGUCAAGAUGCCACAAAUGUUGGGGAUGAAGGUGGUUUUGCACCUAACAUUCAGGAAAACAAAGAAGGCCUUGAACUACUGAAGGCAGCUAUAGAAAAGGCUGGCUACACCGGAAAGGUGGUCAUUGGAAUGGAUGUUGCUGCUUCUGAAUUCUUUACUGAGAAGGACAAGACUUAUGAUCUUAAUUUCAAGGAGGAGAACAACGAUGGUUCAAACAAAAUUUCAGGUGACAGCCUGAAAGAUCUGUACAAGUCCUUUGUAUCUGAGUACCCUAUUGUGUCUAUCGAAGAUCCAUUUGACCAGGAUGACUGGACCACUUAUGCCAAACUCACUGAUGAGAUUGGACAGCAAGUGCAGAUUGUAGGAGAUGAUCUGCUCGUUACUAACCCCACUAGGGUUGCCAAGGCCAUCAAUGAGAAGACAUGCAAUGCUCUUCUCUUGAAGGUGAACCAAAUCGGCUCUGUGACCGAGAGUAUCGAAGCUGUUAGAAUGUCCAAGCGUGCCGGAUGGGGAGUGAUGGCAAGCCACAGGAGUGGCGAGACAGAGGACACCUUCAUUGCUGACCUCUCAGUUGGCCUGGCUACGGGCCAAAUCAAGACAGGAGCUCCCUGCCGGUCUGAGCGCCUGGCCAAAUACAACCAGCUGCUCAGGAUCGAGGAAGAGCUCGGUGAUGCCGCAGUCUACGCCGGAGCAAAGUUCAGGGCACCAGUGGAGCCCUACUAA